UUCAGCCAAUCAUAUCGCCCGCUCGGCUAUGACGUCAUUUUACCGCCAGAGCCGGGCUGUGUUCAGCUCACUCGAUUUCCACUGAAUUUUCUUCUUCUGACCCCUAUAAUUCAAUGGUAUAACCCAGUUCAGAGGUCAAUAACACGUCAUAGCUCUUAUAGAAGCUUCUAGAACCGAGGGACAAGUCUGCACGUGUGUUUUUCGUCCAAGAAAGCUCACCGAAUUCGCUCCUUCGGGCGGCAAUGUCGGGCGAAACUUCAGAUGAAGAGCUGGAGGAUGGCCACACAGCUUUGUUGAGAGGAAAGUGUCGUCUAUGUGGACAAGAUGUCAAUGACAGAAAAAAUCCGUGUUCGUCCUUGACCUACAAGCAGGAGUUUGUUAACCUCUUUGGCAUUGACCUCACCUCUGAUGUGCCCAGUAUUCAUCCACCAGACAUCUGUCACAAAUGUAGGUGUGUCUUUGACAGGUAUCGCAGAACCCCCAGUAAAGAUGGUUUCACAACCCGUACUACACCUUACCUGUUUGUAGCACAUAGUGAUGCAUGUCAGUUGUGCUAUGACAAAACCGCGGCCGACCACAACUACGUCGCUGAAAAACAGGCCAACAAGGGGGGAAGAAAGAGGAAAGUCGUCAGGAACUCUGGCCCAGGACGUGGCGGGAAAAGGCUUGCAGAACAUGACCAGGGAGGGAGUACAGAAGAACAUGACCAGGGAGGGAUUACAGAAAGCGGCAUCCAGACAGACCCAGCAGAAGUUGCAGAGGCCAGCACACAGACAGACAGUAAUGUGUGUGGAUACAUUAUCAACCCCCUCCAACCAAACCUGGAUGAAGUACCUGUUCCCAUCAUCUGCACACUUGUCUCCGAAGCCGCAUCCUCACAGAGAGAAGCCAUCCUGCAAGACAUCAGUGACAUCGGAGGCCUGUACAAAAAACCAGAGACACUCGUGGACACAGAUCCGAACAAGUAUUUUGCCAACAGGAAUGCAGUUUGCCAAAGCUUUCUAAAUGGACUGGCAGAUAAGAGAGCUUCCAUUGCAUCUAAAGUAAUGAGCCUGGAGCAACUGUACCACCUUGCAUCCCCAGCACUAGUUGCCCCAUUUUCUUUCAGCAGAAACUUACUGUCGUAUGCCAUCACCAACAGUAAGCUUGUUGUUAACAUGCUGGGGAAAGUUUCUGCUGGUGGCAUGAUUGACACGGUCAAGUCCUAUCUCCAAAACAUUGCAUCAAAGCCACUGCCCUUCCCCAAUGGAGACUGCGAAGUUGCGAUUGACAAUGACCAGAAGUUGAAGAAGCAGUGGUCAGUACGGGCCCAGGGCAAAAUGACCUGUAGCGUGGUGACCAGUGUGUGUCAAGUGCAACAUUCAGACAGAAUGGAGGUGCAGGGGCGGGGAGACUUGUCUCCAGCAUGCUGGGGGAACUACCUCGAAAGGGCACAAGAAGAGGAGGAAACGAAAGAACUUCUGAGAGGCUGCAUCAAUACAUCUAAGACGUCUGAAGCAAUCCACAGAGGAGAAGUGAGAAAGUUGGUCCACGAGAGACUGGGCAAAGUCCUAAACGAACAGCUACUAGAAGAGGACACCUAUGUGGACUAUGUGGACAAACAAGUGGAAGAAAAGGAGAGGAGUAAGACACUCAAGAAAUGUGCUGCUUGCGGGACAGAAGUGCCCAGAACAAAACGAAUCUGCCCCAACCAGGAGUGUCAAGCCAACCUCAAACAGGUAGAAGAAGCUGCAUCAGGGAGAGAUGUAUUUGGAACCAUGCUGCUGCAAGAAGUUAGGAAGUACUCCUACCGCCCAAAAGAAAGGGAGAUUCAAAUCAGCAUUGAUAACGACAAGACAACAACUUCACAAGACAUAACCAUCAUCACAGCCGAAGAAAACUCUGACAUACCAUCUCUUCAUCCUGACAGUCCUCCACCCAUCACAAUGUCCGACCCUGUGUUUGUAAAUCCUAACUCAGCCUCGGCCAUGAGGAAGGUUCUGCGACAUGUUGGGAAAAUUGCCAAUGUAGCCAGGUAUUCUGACAGUCAUGACCAAACAAACACAAGAAGUUGGCUAGUUGUCGCGAUGGACGGGCUGCCACUGGGGAUAACCCGAACUGUCAUCUCUCAAACCAUGUACUGCACAUCCUGUAAACAUUCGUUCGACAACAUCAAGCUUUUCCAAGAUCACAUAUCCAUCGAUCACCCCCAGAAUCAGACCAUUCCAGUGUGCAGAGAGUUCGACUGGGUCAUUCUAAGAGUUGGGAAGCUGCAUAUGGAAAUGAAUGCGCUGAAGGCAUAUGUUGAUCUGAACUGGGACGUAUGGUUUGCCGAACUCGCUCAAGAAAUGGGUUUCCAGUCAGAAGGGGCACAGCGUGUCGCAAAGAACUGUGCAGAUCACCACAAGAGUAUGCAAAUGCUACAAAUCGCCAUCAAGGGGUGCACAGAUGAAAUGCUGCUACCAUAUGUACGUCACAAACUGGGAAGGGGGGAGAAGAACACCAUCACAGCAGACGACUUCCUAUACAACUGGCUUCCACACAUCAGAAACCCAAACUACAUCUUUCUACAGCAACAGAUCAAUCUGUAUGGACUUGCAAUUCAAAACUUCCGGGUGGGGACCAGGCGCAACAACACUGGAUAUGUCCAAGCAGGGAUGGAGGUCUUCUCACCUCUCUUCAGUGGGAGAAACCAUCCGAAGUAUCAAGCGAUCGACCUGCUGGAGUCCAUGGAUAGAACAAUGUACCCACCAGAUCUUCGCAGCUUUAUGGAGAAGACGGAGUCGGUCAGCAGCGGGGGCAAGUCUGUGGGGGAGGGGAUGGACGCAAAACUGGAGGAGAAAAACAAAGCAUCCAAAGCAUGGCACAAGGGCGCCCCACUUGCAGCCGACUGGAUAAGGGUCUUCCGCAACUUGGAUGUGUUGGAAAAGUUGAGGGCCCAUUUCUUCAGCGUGAUCAGCGUGCCAGACAGCUCUUCCUCACACAGUCACCGGUACAACCUGGAGCCUGAGGUGGAUGUGUGGAGGACAAGACUUCGUUCAGAGCAGUAUCUGAGGGAACCGUUCAACGCAGACGUAGCCCACACUUCCAUCUCAGGCAAGCAGCUGACAUCUGACCUUCUGGACUUUGAGAAGAUAGCACGUAAGAAUAAGUCUAAGGUAUUUGAAGAGGUGUAUCUGGAAGGAAAGCAGAAGUCAGAGGUGAAACAAACUUGUGUCUAUGUGACUGAGGAGGAGAAAUGUAGAGAAGAGAACAUCAGUAGGCAGACGAAAGUCACUAUUGUGCAGAAGACAAAAGACCUCUUGUCACAGUUUGUAGUAGAAGAUGUUAAGAUGUAUUAUGUAGAUAGGUUGUCUGCUAUGGAGAAGAGGAUUGGAACAACAAAGAAAGAGGAUCUGUUGGAGCUUUACUUUGAGGUAGAGAAUGAAGCCACUGAACAAGACAAUAUACACUGUGCAUUACAGCUGGAUAUGUUAGCUGAUGCUGGUCAGACCGAGUAGUGGUUCUAUUGUUGUUUCCAUGGUAC